ACUUGGGCGCAACGCUGACUUUGAAAGCAAACUCAAAUUCAACGAAAACGCCACUACGCGUACGAAGCGGUUGCCGGUGUUGGCCAAGCAAAGGCAGUGCACGGUUGCAGUUUGUGUGGUUGCCGACGCUCACCGCAUACUUAGGAAAUCGCGACGAUGGAGAUGUUUCCAAGCGAUGGGGAAUCGGAUGAGGGACAGGAAAUUGCAAGCGGCUACACUGCCGACCAUGAAUCCCUUUCGAGCCGGGAGACAUCGGAUGAAUCGACAACCCUAUCCAUUUCGACCCAGUCCAGUGCGUCCGAAGACACCGACUAUUCGAUACAAAGUUACCAUUCUGAAUGCGCACAAAAGUAUAUGAAAGUAUCGCAUACGCCCGGAGAAAGGAAGCGAACUCGAGUGGGCCCUGAGUAUCAGGCCGUCAUUCCGGAGUUUAUACCGCCCAGCGAGCGCUUACCGGCACCACGGCAAGACGCUGGAUCGGACUGUUGGCUCCCGGCGGAGCAUCUACCGGAAGAGUUGUUGCAAUAUUACUUAAACUAUGCCAAGGAAAAUCAUGACUACAGCGAGGAGUAUGCGCCGGGGAUGCUGCACUAUUACAACAAUGAUCUGCAUCGGGCAUGCCAGGAUAUGGCCAAAUUUGUACCCGUUCCGGACGAAUGGACCGAUGAAGAACGGACACUGUUCAUGAAAGCGUAUUACUUGUACCGCACGGACUUUCACUACUACAAAUGGAUACUUCCUUGGAUACCUGUUCGUAGACUGGUGAAGUACUAUUACGAUACAUUUAAAUGUAAUGAUCAUGCAGAAAUCGUGUCACUACUUCAAGUAAUCAACCAUGUUCGAUCAGUCAACAAUCAAGCUAAACGAAACAACAAUCAAGCAGCGGCAAGCAACAAUCAAGCACGGGAAGAAGACAACGGUUCGGGAAGGAUCGCCACUAUCAACCAAGGAUUAGACCUGUCGGACAGGCCUUCAACGAGCCGUGCGGCAAUGAACGGUGGAGGAAUGGCACCAGGUCCCCCGAUCGACUGCAGCGCAUACCGCUAUGAGGACAGCGAUAGCGACUAGAAGGCAUCGGCUGUGCGAGUUGACGUCGUUCGCCGUCGUUCAUCUUGAAAUGCUAUUAGACGAGCAGCGACAAUAUCCAGUUAAUUCAAUCUUCUUUUUCAUUCAUUCUUUUCAAAAUCGUACCACAUGCGUGCUGUACACGACGCACGGACUUUACAAUUCACGAUUCCUAUUAUGGUUUAAGAUUUUAUUACUGUUUGCCCAUCUUUUGCAUAAAUAGCUAACGCAAGCGAAUCGUUCUAAGAAAUGUUAA